AUGUACAAAUAUAAAUAUAUACAUAUACAUACCUUUCUAGUUGCGUGCGUGCGUGCGUGCGUGUGUGUGUGUGGGCGUGAGUCAAACCCAGUGGUAAACGAUACCCAUCUGAGGCAGAAGCCCGACUCUUCCAGUCCCGAUGCCGUGGCAGUUAGAUACGAAUGCAUUCGCCGAUGGGCUGGACAUGCGCAUACAUACACAUGCGCCAAAAGGACUGCCCUUGUAUAUUGCUUUUCUCGGCGGUGCUGCCGGAUGCAUUUACGCCGCUGGCGUGCAGAAGCGAAUAUUGGGCUCUGCGGAAUAUGCGGUUAUGCGUUCGCCGGCGGCACGCUUGGCAGGGCGGCACGGGCGGUAACCAUGGUUACCGCCCGGAGAACAGGGGACAAUGGCGUAAAUGGUUGUUUUAGUGUAUAUGUAUGUAUAUAUAUAUACGUAGGUGCCUGUGUUGCAAAGAAAGAUGUGGGUAGCUAA